GAGACCUUUCCUUUCUGUCACUCGGGAGAAAACUGAAGCUCGUGAGAGGAGAAUCUGGCAGCUGGACACGGCUUGGACUGCAUUGUCUGGCCUCAUGACCCCUGCUGAGUAGCCGGCUCAUCUCUCACAAGUACUCUCUCCUCGCUGUUUCUUCCUUUUUUUUUUUUUCUUUCUUCUUCUGAUUUUUUUUUUACAGCAGCAUCUGGAGCCAGCCAUGUUUGGCACUGAAUCUUCCUUGAGCAUGUUUUUGAACACACUAACACCGAAGUUCUACGUGGCCCUGACCGGCACUUCCUCGCUAAUAUCAGGGCUUAUCUUGAUAUUUGAAUGGUGGUAUUUUCGCAAGUAUGGAACAUCAUUCAUUGAACAAGUCUCAGUGAGCCACUUGCGCCCCCUUCUGGGAGGGGUUGACAACAACUCCUCCAACAAUUCUAACUCCAGUAAUGGGGACUCAGAUUCCAACAGGCAAAGUGUCUCAGAAUGCAAAGUAUGGCGAAAUCCACUAAAUUUGUUUAGGGGCGCUGAAUAUAAUCGGUACACGUGGGUGACAGGACGAGAGCCUCUGACUUAUUAUGACAUGAAUCUCUCAGCCCAGGAUCACCAGACCUUCUUCACUUGUGACUCUGACCAUCUGCGUCCUGCAGAUGCAAUAAUGCAAAAAGCCUGGAGAGAGAGAAACCCCCAAGCUAGGAUUUCUGCAGCCCACGAAGCCUUGGAGAUAAAUGAAAUUAGGUCCAGAGUUGAAGUUCCCCUAAUUGCUUCCUCUACCAUCUGGGAGAUAAAAUUGUUACCAGAGUGCGCAACUGCUUAUAUUCUCUUGGCUGAAGAGGAAGCGACAACCAUUGCUGAAGCAGAGAAGCUCUUCAAGCAGGCGCUGAAGGCUGGAGAUGGUUGUUACCGGCGUUCUCAACAGCUACAGCAUCACGGAUCCCAGUAUGAAGCCCAACAUAGACGAGACACCAAUGUCUUGGUCUACAUCAAACGAAGGCUAGCGAUGUGUGCCAGAAGACUCGGGAGGACCAGGGAAGCAGUGAAAAUGAUGAGAGAUCUAAUGAAGGAGUUCCCUCUCCUGAGCAUGUUCAACAUCCAUGAAAACCUUUUAGAAGCCCUCCUGGAACUACAGGCAUAUGCUGAUGUUCAGGCAGUCUUAGCAAAGUAUGAUGAUAUAAGCUUACCAAAGUCGGCAACAAUAUGCUACACAGCUGCCUUGCUCAAAGCAAGAGCUGUCUCUGACAAAUUCUCUCCCGAGGCUGCAUCUCGGCGGGGGCUGAGCACAGCAGAGAUGAAUGCGGUAGAGGCCAUUCAUAGAGCUGUGGAAUUCAAUCCUCACGUGCCAAAAUACCUACUAGAAAUGAAAAGUUUAAUCCUACCCCCAGAACAUAUCCUGAAGAGAGGAGACAGCGAAGCAAUAGCAUAUGCUUUCUUUCAUCUUGCGCACUGGAAGAGAGUAGAAGGGGCUUUGAAUCUUUUGCACUGUACGUGGGAAGGCACUUUUCGGAUGAUCCCUUAUCCCUUGGAAAAGGGGCAUCUAUUUUAUCCUUACCCAAUCUGUACAGAAACAGCAGACAGAGAACUGCUCCCAACUUUCCAUGAAGUCUCAGUUUACCCGAAGAAAGAGCUUCCCUUCUUCAUCCUCUUUACUGCUGGGUUAUGCUCCUUCACAGCCAUGCUGGCUCUCCUGACACACCAGUUCCCGGAACUCAUGGGAGUCUUCGCCAAAGCUUUUCUCAGCACUUUGUUUGCCCCGUUAAACUUCGUCAUGGAGAAAGUAGAGAGCAUCCUCCCAUCCAGUCUGUGGCACCAGUUGACGCGGAUCUGAGGGAAGCCCACUGGCUUACACCUACCUUGCUGGCUGGCUGUCACCAUCUCUUCCGUGCCAACUCCCUGUGGACCGCAAGAAAGCAUGACUUUGAAACAGGGAAGCCAUUCUGAGACUUAGAAACAUUCAUGGACUGUCUGUUCCAUAUUAAAACUGUUUUUGUUGUACAAAAUUCAUUGAUGUUCAGUUCUAUUAUAUUUUGCCUUCAGAAAAGAA